GCGGAAACAGUGGGGAGAAGUUAUGUGUGUGUGUGUUUUCUGCCAUGAAGGAGUGGCUCAAAACUUGUGUUCCUCUGUGUUUGUGUAACGUUAGAUGCUUCAUGAUGAUGAUCGCUGCUGCAUUUGGUUCGUAAGCGCAAGACGCAGAGAAAAAGACACAAAUCACCGGUCUCAGUGAGAGGAGGUGACAACUAGGAGAAAAAAUGCCGGUACCUCCUCCGCCUCCCCCUCCCCCACCCCCCACCUUAUCUCAGGCAAACACAGAGAAGCCUGUCUUGAACAAAUCAGAGCAGCAGGGCAGGAAUGCUCUGCUGUCAGACAUCAGCAAAGGAGCAAGGCUAAAGAAGGCGGUUACUAAUGACCGUAGCGCCCCCAUACUUGACAAACCCAAAGGUGGUGCUGGAGGUGGAGGAGGAGGCGGGCCUGGAGGAGGAGGUGGAGGAGGAGGAGGGGGAGGGUUUGGAGGUGGAGGUGGAUCACCAGCUGGUCUGGGUGGGCUCUUCCAGGGUGGCAUGCCAAAGCUGCGCUCCACUCGAGAUGACUCUAGUAGUGUCAGACCUCCAGUUCUGCCACCUGGUGCUCGUAGCUCUGGUCCACGGCCCUUUGGAGGAGGAUCUGGCUCCGCCCCUCGUCCACCUCUGCAGCGCAGUGAAUCCGUUGACCCCCCUCGCCCACGAAUGACCCCACCACGUCCUGAAACACCUGGAGGACCUCCUCCACCUCUUCCAAGUGCCCCACGGCCCUUUCAGAGUGGGGCACAGAGCAGGGGACCACCCUCACUUCCAGGGACUCCUCGUCUUGGUUCUGCACCAACCCCUCCACCUCCAAACCCCCCUGGACGACAGCCUGCACCUCCACCGAUGCCAGCUGUAUUUGGUCGUCCUCCUUCCAUUCCUUCGCCCUCAGCUGGUCACGCUGGGCGGCCUCCUCCUCCCCCUGCACCUGGUCGAGGCGAUGACCGUCCUCCACCUGUUCCCCCCGCUAUCCGUACUUCUUUGCCACUCACAAGGGACAGCCCGCCCCCUCCACCUCCACCAUCAGUGAGCAGUAAACCAACCCCUCCUCCAGCUCCUGCUCCUGCCUCUCUGCGGCCACCUGUUAGUGCAGCACCUCCUCUGCCGCCCGGACGCCCAAGCCCAUCUACUCCUGAGGAGCAUACGCCACGCCUUCCUGAACGGAACCUGUCACUUGGCUCGCAUCCUCCUGCCCCUCCACCUGGGCGAUCUGGACCACUUCCUCCACCUCCCUCUGAGAGACCGCCCGCAUUGGGUCGGAAUGCAGGUGGAAGAACAGGUCCUCUUCCACCUCCACCUCCUUCUGGCCGUCCUGGAGGAGGAAGUGUGAGGUCAUCACCAGCCCCUCCUCCACCGAACAGACCAGGUGUGGAGCCUCAUCGUGGUGGCAAUAGACCACCUCUCCCACCAGACAGACCCUCUUCUGGACCUCUGCCCCCUCCUCCCCCAACUAUGGGCAAUGGAUACCACAAUCAGGGACAUCAUAUAGAUGAGUGGGAAUCACGAUUCACGUUUCGACCUGUAUCGGAUCUUCCACCACCAGAGCCCUACAUUCCCUGUCAGAAGACCUAUCCUAGCAAAAUGGCCAGGAACGAAAGCCGAGGUUCAGGAAAGAAAGAGCGAGGUGCACCUCCCCUGCCUCCCAUACCUAGGUGAAAGAAACUGCUGUCUCAGGCCCUAACAAUCCUUCCCCUACCCAAUUCUCUUAUUUUCCCUAGUUUUGUCUGUUCCUGAUCUUUUCUGCCAGAGUCAUUCAUUAAAAAAUGUAUAAAAGAACUAUAAAAAUAACAACAUAGUACAGACAACAUAGCUUUUAUAAUAUUUUGUUUUUGUCUGCUUUAGAGAUUAAUACAUGAUGGCUAUUAUGACUAUGUCGAGUGAUGAGCUCUACAGUGAUACUACAGCUAAAUUUGACUUUAUUUUUAAGUGUUUUCUGAGUAUGAUGUGUUAUUGCAGCAGUUCAUUGGCCUUCAGGAAAGUGUGAAUGUUUUGGCUUAUUGGCGGUCAUUGACACAUACAGACAAUUGUCCUUGUCUCAUACAGAAUAUAUUACUGCUUAAUCAGGGCCGCCAUUCCUUUAGAUAAUGGUGCAGCCAUUUAUAGAGCCACAUAGGGCAUCAGUGUUUGUUAGACAGUCCUUCAUGUAAUUCUAUUUUGAGAAGGAGUGCAACAGUUUCAUUAAAGCAUUUUGGUGGGUUUUAGCGCCCCCUACCUUCCUGUCUUCAUACAACACGGUAGUUAUACAGCAUUGUCAUUCAAGCCCUCAAAUGUAAAAUGUCAGGUAGCUAGAACAAUAUCAGACUGAAAAAGACACGUUGAACAUUAAAGGAGUAUGUGUUUGCUUUAGUACCUGUAUGUGUGUAUGUGCUGAUAAUGGCCAGAAUGAUAUACAGAAUGCUACAAUCUCUCCAGGAAGCAGAGUUUGUACAUACUCUGUGUUGCAGAUUGAUUUGUUCACAUAUGCAGUACCUGAUGUGAAAAUAACAAGGACUGAGUUUAUGGGAAAAUGUAGAAAGUUAAAUGAAAGAUGAUUUGCCAUAAAAUCCUACACAUGUGGGUUUCUGUGUAUUAUGAGAUUGUAUCUGUGUUGAUGUUAUCCAAAAAGCCAAAAAUAAGAAGUGUUACAUUUUAUGAUAUAUGUAUGUAUGCACUUGCUUGUUUUGUUGAUGAUUGCUCAGUAUUAUGUCGCUUAUGGAUAUUUCUCAGAUGUGUGCUGUUAUAUUUGCCUUAAGCACUUGACUAAAAGUAUAUUCAGUAAGUGUAUCAUACCUUGAAUUAGUUUUCUUCAUUUAUACUUUGAAAGAAUCAAGAAGCCAAGCAAUGGCUUGGUUUAUGCUGCCUUUUGUUUGUUUACAUAAAGAGAUUAAUUACAAAGGCCUUUUAAUAAUACAUUUAAAAAGCAAAAUUAAAGUGAUAUAUGUGAUGUAGCAUAACAUCUGAGGCAUCUUGAAUUGUAUUAGUGAGGAGAGAAAUGAUUGCACAGCCAAAAAGAAACAAUAUUUGCCACCAACAUUAAUAGUAAUACUGGAGGCCUCUGAUUUAUGUUCUGUUUGCACACGUCAAUGACAAUGUUUUGUGUGUCCCAAUUCUUAAUGUGGUACUUUAGAUGUUUUCUUUGUGCAUGUAAAUGCAAAUUUCAGUUUCAUACAACAUAUUAUGUUGUUUCAUUUGUGUAUUUACUUUAUAACAGUAUUUUGCUAUUCUGGUGUGCCAAAUAUGUUGUUUUCUAAAUAAAUAUGCAAGUGAAGCUGGA